AUGGCGGCGGCGCUGCGGAUCGGGACCCUCCUGCUUAUCCACCUCCUGCUGCCGCUCUGGGCAGCAGAGCCGAGCGUGGAGCCAGCGUCCAGCGAGGGUGGUCCCUCACCCAGUGAGGCGAGCCCCUCAGCCAGCGAGGCUGGUCCCACGUCCAGCGAGGCGAGCCCUGCGGCGCCAUCAGAGACCCGCACUGUUUCCCCGCCUCGGCCCCGCAGCGGCCCGGCCCCCGUGACGGACGUUGCCAAACUGUGUGUUUGUGAUCUGCUGGUGGCACAGUGUGACACAAAUUGCUGCUGUGACCCUGAUUGCAGCGCUGCUGAAUUCAGUCUCUUUACUACAUGUUCAGUCCCCGUUGUCACAGGUGACAGCCGUCUCUGUAGUCAGAAAGCUGCUGUGUAUUCACUUGAUGUUGAAGCAAAUCCCCCAGAAAUGAGAUUUAAAUUAAUUGACCAAGUUAAUCCCAGUGUUUUCUGCAUUCAUGCUGCAAACUACAAGCAAGCACUCUCCUUCAGCUCCCCUGAAAUGCCUACGUCUGAAAACUUUGAUCAGUUGCUUAAACAGUUUGGAAGUGCUGCUUUCAGUGCUGAGCCUGACAGCUGGGAUGUGAACACAGAUGCACAAAAUCCUUCUGAUGCAAAUGAAACUUACAGAUAUGAGUAUGGUGUUCCUGUACAGACAGUGGAUGCAUUUCUAAGACUGCCUAGCCCUGUUGUCUCCUCUUGGUGCUCUGAUGCAAAUCCUGCAGGGUUUUUAGUCAACCAGGUUACAAAAUGCACUAGAUCAGUAAGUGUGGAAAACUGUGGUGACAUUCAAGCAGUUAGUAUGCUGUUCUACAUCAACUCCAGCAUUUUAGCAGUGCCCAAAUCAAGUCAGAUGGUUAAUAUCACUGUCCAGUCCAUAACUGUCCAGUCCCCAAAUGGAACACAGACUUUACUUAAUGGUAAUGAUGUCCUCAGGCUCCCUGAGAUUGUGGAGGAACUGUGCAUAAAUAUAGUUCUUGGGGUGAGUUAUCACAUUACAUACACAGACGCAGGAGAAAUAAUAGAAGCAGCUGCUGCUUUUGUCCUGGGGGCAAUUAACAAAGAAGCACUUUCCAUACAGCAGAGCUUUGCAAUCAGCUUUGCUCAGGCAAAUACAGAGCCAGUUCCUCUCAGUGGUAAUCCUGGUUAUGUCAUUGGACUGCCUGUAAGAGCAGGCUACCGACCACAAGGAUCUGGCAUCAUUCAGAAUACGAACAAGCUGAGCCAGCUCACCCUUCUGCAAAGCACAUCCAGCCAGGACUGCCUGGCAGCACAGGGAGCCAGAACUCCAGUAUUAUUUGGUUACAACAUGGUAUCAGGCUGUACCUUACGAAUUACAGCAGCUAUGAAAUGCCAGCCCUUGGCUCAGACCCUCCUAGAUUUACUUAAGGGGCAAAGCUUUCCUGAGUACGUGGCCUCAUUUGGAAAUUCUCAAGCCCAAGAUGUGCUCGACUGGGUGCCGAUAACUCGCCUCCGCCUCUCAGAACAGAGCUCAUGCCAAAUACCAGUAUCACUUGAAAUAGAAGUGAAGUGGACUAAAUAUGGAUCCCUUGUCAAUCCACAAGCCAGGAUAGUCAAUGUUACAGCAAAAAUCACUACCACCACACUGAAACAGCUUCCCUCAGGAAGGGAAAGAACUAUUCCUGUAAUGAGUUCUGUUGUUUUCACUGAUGUUUCUUCACCUGCAGUGCCAGGCUAUAAAGCUUGGCCCACCAUUAAUGUGAAGUUACCCUUUGACUUUUUCUUUCCGUUUGUCUAAGGUAAGUAUGGAUUAGAAAACCCAAACAAGCCACA